GAUAGGGCUAGAGCGAAACAUCGCAGCGCGCUUCGCAGCCGCCGCGAGCUCAGAUACAGCCGCAACUUGGAUCUGCUUUCGCCACAGUUGGAAGAUACCGGCCUCAAGACGACGACAUUCUUGCAACACUUUAAGGACGUCGUCACGACGAAGUUCAACGGCAGAGAUCACCAUUUGCCGCCGCUGCAUCCCGCCCAUCCGGCGCACCAGCAGUCCGCGCUGCAUCACCACCAUCAGCCGCACCAGGCUGUCGCCCAGAGCUUUUCCACCAUUUUUCCAACGUAUCUAGGCAUGGACCGCGCUGCCGCUGGCGGCUGUGGUGCUGCUGGUGGCGGCCUGGGCGUCGUCACCAGCUCGGCCACUGCCCUCGGUCCGGGCGGCAUUGCGGGCGGAGGCGGUGGCGGUGGUAUUGUCAGCGGUGCGCUCAACGGCUUGGAGGCCAUGUCCGCCGAAUCGACUGGGCUCUGCCUACAGGAUUUGGUUAGCGCGGGCACCGCCAACGGUGCCGGGUCGGCGGGAUCGGCGGAGAGCGCAACCACCACAAGCACAGCGCUAAGCAGUGGCAGCUCCACCGUAAAUGGCGGCGGCAGCAGCGCCUCCGGUGCGGAUCAUCUGCACAACCAUCACAGUCUACACGACUCCAGCUCCUCGGUCAGCAUCUCACCCGCCAUCUCGAGCCUGAUGCCCAUCAGCAGCCUCAGUCACUUGCAUCACACGGCCGCCGGUCAGGAUCUGGUCGGCAGCUAUUCGCAGCAUCCGCAUCAUGGCGUCGUGCCGCCGCACACACCGAAGCACGAGCCGCUCGAGAAACUCAGAAUUUGGGCCGAAACCGGUGAUUUUCGUGAUAGUCAUAGCUCCAUGACCGCCGUAGCAAAUAGUUUGGAUAGCACACAUUUAAAUAACUUUCAAACUUCAUCGUCAUCCACCUUAACGAAUCGAAGUCGGGAUCGCAAAGAUGGCAAUCGCAGCGUAAAUGAGACCACAAUUAAAACGGAGAACAUAUCAAAUUCUGGGCAUGAUGAGCCGAUGACCACCAGCGCCGAUGAGCCAAAGAAUGAUAAAAAGAACAAGCGCCAGCGGCGACAGCGCACCCAUUUCACCUCCCAGCAGCUGCAGGAGCUGGAGCAUACGUUCAGUCGCAAUCGCUAUCCGGAUAUGUCGACGCGCGAGGAAAUUGCGAUGUGGACCAAUCUAACCGAGGCCAGAGUUCGGGUGUGGUUCAAGAACCGGCGGGCCAAGUGGCGCAAGCGCGAGCGGAAUGCCAUGAAUGCGGCUGUGGCCGCAGCGGACUUUAAGUCCGGCUUUGGCACACAGUUCAUGCAGCCGUUCGCAGAUGAUUCGCUGUAUUCAUCAUAUCCGUAUAACAACUGGACCAAGGUGCCAUCGCCGCUGGGCACAAAGCCGUUCCCCUGGCCGGUCAAUCCGCUCGGCUCGAUGGUGACCAGCAAUCAUCACCAGAACUCGGUCAACUGCUUCAAUACGGGCGCCAGCGGUGUUGCGGUCAGCAUGAACAAUUCGAUGCUGCCGGGCACAAUGGGCUCCACGCUGACCAAUACGAAUGUGGGCGUGGGCGUUGGCGCUGCACCCUGUCCGUAUACAACACCUGCGAAUCCGUAUAUGUAUCGUGCCGCCGCCGAGCCCUGCAUGAGCAGCAGCAUGUCCUCGAGCAUUGCCACGUUGCGGCUGAAGGCGAAGCAGCAUGCCACAGGCUUCAGCAGCCCCUAUUCGGCGCCAUCGCCAGUCUCGCGCUCCAAUUCAGCCGGUCUGUCCGCCUGCCAGUAUGGCGUGACCGAUGUUGUCUGAGAAAACGCACUCGGUGCUCUGCUCAAUCAGCAUCAGCACCACUUGCAGCACUUCUCCGGCCAGCACAAUGGCAAUGCCAUGCAGCAGCAUUUGACCGGCAACGGCAGCCAUAGCCAUAACAACAACAACAACAUGUUGCACGGUCAUCACCACCACAACAACAACAACAACAGCCUGCUGCUGGAUCACACCGAUUUGGGCUUGGGCGGCGGAAGUGGAGGCGGCACUGAUGACGGCGGCACAGUGACCCACAACGAUGACAACAACAAAUCGCCGUUAGGCGCCAACGGACUAAUGUCAGCUGCCGCAGCUGCUGCUGCUGCUGCCGGUGGCACCUCCAGCGGCAAUGACAACGGCGACGAUGUCGACGAGGACGUCAUCGAUUGAACGUUUGCCAAGUAUAUAUAUACAACAAAAAACAUAAAUAUAUAAAUAAAAUAUUUAAAUCAACGUACUUAUAACAUGAAUAAUUAACGAUUUGUUAUUUGUAAAACUGCGUAAAUCAGCGGGCAAAAAAUACCAAAAACAAAAAAAAAGUUUAGCAUUAAGCGUAUUUAAUUAAAUUUUAGAUGGAAAAUAACGCGAAAAAAAGCAACAACAGCACAUGAAAUACAACUUUUUUGAAGAACAAUAAUUACAUUUAUAAAACAAAAAAAAAACCGUAAAAAUAAAACAACAAGAAAAACAAUUCUGAAAGUCCGAGCUUGUGUGCAGUUAUAAUUAGUUGGUAUUAAGCGGCAGUCGGAAAGGCAGAAAAAUUAAUUACAAAUUGAUAAAUGUGUUUUUCAUAUGUUUUGCACUUCUGCAUUGAGAUUAAAUGCCAAUUAUGUUCAUUAAACAAAGAAGAAGCGAAAACCAACGUUUAAUGUAGAAUGUUAAGUGUUUUGUACAUAUUAAGCAAAUAUUUAGCUAUAGGCAGCAAGCUGUAUUUAUAAGAUUAGUUCGCUCUUAACUAAAGAACUAACUAGCUAUACUAACUAAAUAGCAAAAAAGUUAAAGUUAUCUGCAAAAACUUUUGCAACAAAAACAAAUAAGUCUUUGCCCACUGUGCGUCAGCUAAAAACCAAUUAAAAUAAAUAAAACUAUGCCCAAACUAAAACGAAAAAAAAAACAACUUUGUUUGGCAGCACAUAUACCAAAUAUAUAUAUAUAUAUAGAAAUAUAAUGAAAACGUAUCAAGAUCAAGUCAAAAAUGUAUUGUAAACAAAAUAUAUCAAAAGCCGUAGCAGUUUUUAAGGAGUUGUCUAGUCGUAUAAACAACCAGAGAUAAAUCAACAAAAA